GAAAAAAAAAAAAAAAAAAAAAAAGGUAAAGAAUUUUGUAUUACUAUAAUAACAUACUGUUACUGUUAUCAAUGAUAUAUUUUAAUUAAUCUCUAGGAGACUUCGUCAUGCUCCCAACAAGCCGAAGUAAGUAAACUAACCUUAGGUAUAAAUUCAUGAGGGUUCCUGCCAUUUAUUUUUAUUAUCUUUAUUUUUUAGCAUGCCUGCAAUUGCGAUUAGGUUUAUCUUAUUUGAGGCACUAUUCUACAGCACCAAAACCAUUACAGGAAAAUUCAACUGAAGAUGUAAAAUUACCAGUGAAUCCCUUGGAACAUCCUGACUAUUUUCAAGUUCAUAAUUUGUUUACUGUGAAAGAUUUAUUUGAUGCUCGUGUUCACUAUGGCCACAAAGAGGGGUCACUAAAUGAUUAUAUGAGGCCUUAUCUUUAUGGGUCAAGACUUGGUCAUUUAAUAUUUGACUUGGAUAUUACAGCAGAACAUUUACGAAAAGCACUUAAUUUUGCUGCGCAUAUUGCUUAUAGAGGUGGUAUAAUUUGUUUCUUCAACAGAAAUGCUAUGAAUUCUCAUAAAGUAGAAAGAACUGCCAAAGAAUGUGGGGAAUAUGCUCAUACAAGGUUUUGGCGAGGAGGCAUAUUUACAAAUGCUAAUUAUCAGUUUGGUGCUGUCACAAGACUUCCAGAUCUGUGUAUAUUUCUGAACACACAGAAUAAUAUCCUCAAUCAACAUACAGCAGUUCGAGACAGUGCAAAAAUGCUAAUUCCUACAAUUGGUAUUGUAGAUUCAAAUUGCAAUCCCAACUUGAUUACUUAUCCAGUGCCAGGAAAUGAUGAUACACCUGUAGCUAUAGAAUUAUAUUGCAAAUUAUUCAAAGAAGCUAUUCUAAGAGGCAAAGCUGAGAGGAUGAAGUUAUUACAAGAAGUCAAUUAACAUCAAUAAUAAAAUUUAGAUAUAGAAAUUCAUUAU